ACUGGACGAGGUCUCUCCCCGAGUCUGGGUUCAACACAUUAACGUAGCCUGUGGUGUGUAUGUGUGGUGUGUGAGUGCGUGUGUGUGUGUGUGUGUAUCCAGUGAAAAUUACCCGGAGACGGACUGAGACAGUUUUGACCGUACCAAUGUGUGUAGCCUAUAAAUAUACGAUACUAACCCCGGCGGAAUCAUCUCAUGGACACAACAGUAUAUCGAAAAUGAGGGAAUAAGCGGAGGAGACGCGGCGAGGCUCGUCUGUAGCUAACGUUUUGUUGAACUGCGAGUGGGAUCACAGCUGCUGGCUGCGAAAAUGUCGGGAAAAAUAGAGAGCAAGCAAGAUUCGCAACGGUCCCAUCUGUCCUCUUUCACCAUGAAACUGAUGGACAAGUUCCACUCCCCCAAGAUCAAGAGGACACCAUCCAAGAAGGGCAAGCAACUGCAGCCCGAGCCAGCAGCCAAGACUACGGAAAAACCUGCUAACAAGAAGGUAAGUCGGCUGGAGGAGCACGAGAAGGAGGUGGUCAGUGCCCUGCGCUACUUCAAGACAAUCGUGGACAAAAUGGUUGUGGAGAAGAAGGUGCUGGAGAUGCUUCCAGGCUCGGCCAGCAAGGUGCUUGAAGCCAUCCUGCCUCUGGUUCAAGUCGAGGCCCGGAUACAGCACAGUUCGGCGUUGUCUUCCUGCCAUAACCGUGUGUAUCAGAGCUUGGCCAACCUCAUCCGUUGGGCAGACCAGGUGAUGCUGGAUGGCAUCGACUUGGAGGACAAGGAGAAUGUGGCAUCCGUCACCAGUGUCAUCAAAGCGGUGCUGGAUGGGGUAAAGGAAUUGGUGAAGCUGACCAUAGAGAAACAGGAGCAGCCAUCACCCACCUCCCCCAACAAACCAGCACCUCCUGCUACUACCACAGCAGACAGCGUGUCAUCAGAGAUGCCCUUGAUAGAUCGGGAACAGGAAGUCUCGAGUAAGACAGCUCCGGCAGCUACUCCUGCAGUGGCUGCCUCUGACAUACCAGAUGAGGACGUAGCCCCUCCCAAACCCCCUCUUCCUGAAGCCAAAAUGGCAGAGCUCAGCCCUCCACCAGCUCUGCCCCCUAAGAAGCGUCAGUCAGCUCCUUCGCCUACACGGGUCGCAGUGGUUGCCCCGAUGAGCCGAGGCUCCAGCCUGCCCUGCAGCGUCCACAGACAGCAGCAGGACUAUGAGCAGGAGUUCCUUCAGAGGCGUUUCUCUGGGGGGAGCCAGUCCUACGGGGGCGACUCUCCCCGUCUGUCUCCAUGCAGCAGUAUGGGGAAACUCAGCAAGUCUGAUGAGCAGCUCUCAUCCAUGGAGCAGGACAGUGGUCAGUGUUCUCGCAACACCAGCUGUGAAACGCUCGACAACACAGAGAAUUACGACCCAGAUUAUGACUUCCUCCACCAGGACUUGUCAGCUGGGGAUAACCUGCCCCCAAUACCAGUAGGAGGGUGUCUGAGCCCCCUGCCUGAGUCUCACAGCGAGUCCUCUUCUCCAGUCCCCGGACAGCAUCCCUCACAUCCCCGCUUCAGCGCCCCUCCUCCACAGCAACCGCCAGAAUACUGGACCCCGCAGCCCAAUCAAACCAAUCCCUUACAGUCCUCCCGCAUCAGCGCGCCCCCUGCCCUGCCCCAGAAGAAGCGACGCAGUACACAGACAUCGCCCUUCCCCGAUGCAGGAUCCAGGGUCCUGUACGAGCGCUACCCCUCCCAAUAUGACAACCUGUCAGAAGAGGAGCGGCACCCUACUCCGCCUUUUCCCCUUUUCACACCCAUCUCGCCCAUGCCCCAGACAAAUGGGGGUGUGUUCGUCGCCCAGUACAUAGCCGGCGAGAAUGCGGACGUCCCUGCCAGCCCACCGCCGCUGCCUGAAAAGAAAAGCAGACACAUCCUCCAAUACAUGCAGUUUGUGGAAGACUACUCCGAGCCGCAGCCCUCCGUGUUCUACCAGAUGCCACAGAGCGAGAGCAUCUACGAGCAGCGCAACAAGCGCUUCCAGGAGGUCUACGGCUUCAACGACUCGUUCAGCAGCACCGACUCAGUGCAGGAGCCGCUGCAGCCGCCAGCAUUGCCCCCGAAACAAAGGCAGCUGGCCUCCCACUCUUCCUCCCCCUCUUCCUCCUCCUCCUCUUCUCUCUCUUGCCACCUCCAGCCGUCUGUAGCGGCCAUGGAGGAGGCGGGCUCUGGGCUGGGCCUGAGCAUGUCCGUUUCUAACUCCUACCUGAUUGGCCAGGCGUCCUUGACCACACCCACGAGCUUGGACCAGGUUGCCUUGACCAAUGCCACCAUUCUGGAUGGCAGCGGGGGCGGGCCCAACGGUUCCCUGGCUGGCUCUAUGGGCUCUGUGGCUGUCUGUCUUCCCUCUGAGUCUUCUCUCACUGACUCUCUCCACACCUCAGCGAGCGAGAGCGCGAAUGACGAGGGCGGGGAGGGAGAGUAUGUCAACUUGUACUCAUCCAGCCAGGCCAAUGGGGAACUGCCUCUCUCCCGCAGAGAAACGAUCACAACUGACGAUGUACUUCAAGACCCCACCCCUCAGAUACCAUCCACCAAUAGCAAAGAGGCUUUGGACAAGGAAAGGAGGCAGAAGUCGACAGAGUCGGCUGGGAGCGAAGAGGAAGAUGUGGACGAGCUCUCCCUCAUUGACCACAAGGAGAUCAUGAGCAGGAUAACACUAAAACAAGAAAAUGACGAUGGUCCUGACGUUCGUGCUGGAUCAGGAGAUAUUCUAUUAGUCCACGCUACAGAAACAGACCGCAAAGAUCUUGUUUUGUACUGUGAAGCCUUUCUGACAACGUAUAGGACUUUUAUAACCCCUGAGGACCUCAUUAAGAAGCUGCACUACAGAUACACUAGUUUCUGCCACAGUCCGGACAUCUUCAAGAAGCGAGUCAGCAAGAACACGUUCUUCGUGCUGGUUCGGGUGGUGGAUGAGCUGUGCUUGGUGGAGCUGACGGAGGACAUCUUGAAACAGCUGAUGGACCUGGUGUUCACGCUGGUGUGCAACGGCGAGCUCAGCCUCGCUCGUGUGCUCCGCAAGAACAUCCUGGACAAGGUGGAGCAGAAGAAGCUGCUGCGUUACACUAACUCCCUCAAGCCGCUCGCCGCCCGAGGGGUCUCUGCAAGGCCUGGAACUCUCCAUGACUUCCGCAGUCAUGAGAUCGCCGAUCAGCUCACUCUUCUCGAUGCUGAGCUCUUCUAUAAAAUAGAGAUUCCUGAGGUGCUGCUUUGGGCCAAGGAGCAGAAUGAGGAGAAGAGUCCAAACCUAACUCAGUUCACAGAGCACUUUAACAACAUGAGCUAUUGGGUCCGCUCUCUGAUAAUCCAGCAGGAGAAAGCCCAAGACAGAGAGAAGCUGCUUCUCAAGUUCAUCAAGAUAAUGAAGCACUUAAGAAAGCUGAAUAAUUUCAACUCCUAUCUGGCAAUACUGUCCGCCCUGGACUCUGCUCCCAUCAGGAGGUUGGAGUGGCAGAAACAGACCUCAGAGGGUUUGGAGGAAUAUUGCACACUGAUUGACAGCUCCUCCUCCUUCAGAGCAUACAGAGCAGCUCUGGCUGAAGUGGAGCCUCCAUGCAUCCCGUAUUUGGGUCUGAUCCUCCAGGACUUGACCUUCGUCCACCUGGGGAACCCCGACCUCAUCGAUGGGAAGGUCAACUUCUCCAAACGCUGGCAGCAGUUCAACAUCCUGGACAGCAUGCGACGCUUUCAGCAAGUGCAUUAUGAGCUGAAGCGCAACGAAGACAUCGUCUCUUUCUUCAACGACUUCAGCGACCACCUGGCAGAGGAGGCCCUGUGGGAGCUGUCGCUGAAGAUCAAGCCCAGGAACAUCGCCAGGCGCAAGACGGACCGCGAUGAGAAGACCUAGGGCCCACGUGGGCUUUUCCAAGACUGACCUCCAACUGUGCUUCAUGACACUAACUCCACUUUACUACAGACUGAGAGAGAGAGACGAAUGGAAGCUACGCGGAGCCAAUGGGAGACUCAUUGUGGGGAAUGCAGAACAAACUACAGACAACUGAAGCGUGAGGUUUACAAAGAGCUGUGCUGCUCUGGGAGAUUAUAAUUGGGAUUACUGCAGCUCUGGCAAUUAGGUGAGGGGAGAGAUUCAGUGACUAUGAUAAGACAGAGAGGAAGCCUGGUGCCAAGGAGGAGCGAGGAGUCGCACUGAGCUGACAGGGACGCACUGAGGAAAUAACCGAAGUCUGCUCCCUGGGCUCUCUGUCUUAGAGUGGAGCUGUUGCUGUGUGCGUGAGAUUUAGCUGAAUGGUCCAUUACUCUCCGAGAUGCUCCUUCCUCUUCCUUUAUGUAUGUGCCAUUUGUUGGUCAUCUUCUGAGAACCUCUCCUUGACUCACGAGCUCCUCUCGAAUAGCAGAACCGCCUGCCCUGAACUGUGACGUCAACACGCAGGCCGCUGACUCGAGAACCUGCUGUGGGACGUGAGGGGAUUUGAACUCGAAGGGAGGAUGACCGUUAAAUAGACUGAGUUUGUUUUGAAACAUUUUGUGUAAGAAUCAUGUAUGGUUAUGAAAUGUAUUAUAUACAGUGCUCCUUUUGUUCUUAAAAAGGAUGUUUAUGCUUAUGAGAAGAGCUUAGCUUCUCCCAAAGUGCCAUACAUAUGUGCACUAAAAAAAAGCAAAGCAAAAACACAAAAAGAUAAAUUACUAAAGAUGCUGUGAUCUAUGUAUGUCAUACUGAAUCAUCGUGUGCCGUGUUCAGGUGUAGAGAGCCAUCAGGCAGUCACAAUCACAUCCCACUCACGUCAGUGUGUGAAAGAGUGUUUGCGUGCGACUGAAGUCCUCAGUGACUCGUGUGUUUGUCAUUCCAAAAUGUGCUGUAGUAAAUCAUUUUGAUUCCUUUUUGGAAUAAUGGUCAAACCCAACACAUCACACUGUGCUAUCAAACUCCAAUAAAAACAAACAGCUCUGUUUCUAUAAA